AUGACUGGAGCGGAAGCAGUAGGCUCAGGUAACCUUGUCAUGGGUCGUUGUGUGAUUGCUGGUAAAUCUGCAUGUGUUUUGUAUGACUCUAAAGCGACACACUCUUUCGUGUCUGAAUCUUAUGUGCAAAGGUUGGGUCUGCCAGUUUGUGAACUGCAAUGUGACCUUGUGGUAUCUACUCCGGCAUCGGGUCUGGAGUUGGAAGUGAUCCUAGGAAUGGAUUGGCUCUCCGCCAAUCGUAUCCUUAUAGUCUGCUGCGAGAAGAGCCUGCUAUUUCCCAACUCAGAGGAGCCUGAGUUGUUAUCGUCUCACGAUGUUAUGAAGGAGCUACAGAACGGUGCUCAGUGUUUCUUGAUCUUUACACACCUAGUGGUGGAGGGAGAAGGGAUGAUAUGUGUGAUACCGGUAGUACAGGAAUUUGAAGACGUGAAGUGA